UCAACAACCAUUCUCUCAACAACCAUUCUCUCAACAACCAUUCUCACAACAUCCAUUCUCUCAGCAACCAUUCUCUCAACAACCAUUCUCUCAACAUCCAUUCUCUUAGCAACCAUUCUCUCAACAACCAUUCUCUCAACAACCAUUCUCACAACAACCAUUCUCUCAACAACUAUUCUCUCAACAACAAUUUUCUCAACAUCCAUUUUCUCAAUAUCCAUUCUGUCAACAACCCUUCUCUCAACAACCAUUCUCUCAACAACCAUUCUCUCAACAACCAUUCUCUCAACAUCCAUUCUCUCAACAUCCAUUCUCUCAACAUCCAUUCUCUCAACAACCAUUCUCUUAACAACCAUUUUCUCAACAAUUGUCUCGACAACCAUUGUGUCGACAAACAUAGUUUCGACAACCAUAGUUUCGACAACCAUAGUAUCAACAACCAUAGUAUCGACAACCAUUCUCUUAACAACCAUUUUCUCAACAAUUGUCUGGACAACCAUUGUCUCGACAACCAUUGUGUCAACAACAAUUGUCUCGAAAACCAUUGUGUCGACAACCAUAGUUUUGACAAUCAUAGUUUCGACAACCAUAAGUCUCAACACCCAUUCUCUCAACAACCAUUCUCUCAACAAACAUUAUCUCAACAAACAUUUUCUCAACAAUUCUCUCAACAACAAUUCUUUCAAAAACCAUUCUCUCAACAUCCAUUCUCUCAACAACCAUUCUCUCGACAACCAUUCUCUCAACAACACUUCUCUCAAUAACCAUUCUCUCGACAACAAUUUUAAAAACAACUCUUCUCUCAACAACCAUUCUCUCAACAACCAUUCNAUCUAUCAUAUUAACUAG